CUCCAGUGCGGUCUCUCUUCGGAGACGGUCGAAGUUUUCCUUAGCGCCGGUACGUCCGCGUCUCUCGUCUCGUUUCGACACGUCUCGAUUCGAUUCGAUUCGAUUUAGUUCGGUUGCAUAGUAGCGCGCCAUGGUCUCUCGUAUCCAAUCGAGAGACCAGCACGAGUACCAGCAACACAAGCACCAGCACCAGUACCAGUACCAGAACCAACAGCAACAGCAACAGGCUCAUCGUGCCCAGCUGGAACUGAACGUACGAAAUCGUACGAGUUUUCUUCUCGUCGCGAGACCAAAAAGAAAUCGUCGUUCGUAUAUCGUCGCGUCUUCCUCGUUAUCGUUCCCUCCUCUAUCUUCUUUUCCUCCUCAUCUUCAUCUUCUUCUUUCUUUACCUCCCUCCUUCUCCUCCUCGUCGAGUCGUUCUUGUGCCAAGAUACCACGCACCUACUCGAACCUUUAUCUCUUUCUUUGCUAAAACAGCACGCUUCUCCUCCCCUUUCUCCUCCUCCUCCUUCUUCUUUUCCUCCUCCUCCUUUCCUUCAUCGUUCUCUUCCUCAUCCUCCUACACUUCGUAGCCGGUCGAGAUAGUCGUUCGAAAGAAGCCAAGAGAAUCCCUCGAGAAAAGGACGACGUCCUUUCGUCCCUCCCUACGAACGGAAUAAGAUACCCAGUUAAAAAGGGAGAGAGAGAGAAAGAAUGAGACGGUGAGUUUUGGAGCAGCAUCAUGACCGAUCGAGGGUAAGGGGGAUCGAGUGGUCCAAGGUCGAUAAAAGGAUCCAGACGCCGACUUUAUUUCGUUUCAAAGACCUCCCCGAGUUCUGCUUGGUGGGUGGAUUGUGCUUUGAACAAGUCACUUCUGCAAGAGAGGAUACCUUUUAUUCUGUGACUGGACCACAUACACCUAACGUGAAAUCGUGUUAUGAAUUAACGCGGAAUACGACCGGUUAUUGGGUGAAAUGAUUUCUAGUGAAACUGCUAUUAAAUUGUAAUCAUGUGAGAAGAAAUGCUUGGUGUUUGGAUCGUUUAAAUUGAAUCGGUUUGGAUCCGACGAAGAGAUCGCAUUACGAAACGAAGUACUAAGAAAAAUACAAAGAGAGAGAGAGGGAAAGCUUAUCUUUGAGAGAUCGAACGAAUCGAUCUAUUAUUUAUCGUAUCUCGAACCUUCAAAUUCGUUCGGAUACGCGUGCGUAUCUCGUUUGCGGAUCACUUGAAUCGAUUCUUACAAUUUUUAGGAAGUAUAAAAUAAAUAAGAUAAGCUUUUCCUAUUGAAAAUCAAACAAAAUAUUAAUAAAGAAGAAAUCUAAAGAGAGAUGAUAAUAAAGAGACAACAUUAGGAAAGAAACAAGAGGUUCGCAUGGAAAUAAACGUCGUGGGAGUAUCUCUCGUUUUUCGGACAAAUCGCGCGGAAAUUUGUCGCGAAAAAAGGUGAGGGAAGGAUGAAGAAUGCCCCGCGUCGGAGGAGACGGGGGUGGCGGGAACGAGAAGACAGGAGGAGCUGGUGGAUUUGGAGGAUGGUUGGGAGGUGCUGCGAGAGCUGUGACCGGAGGAGGCGUCGCUGGUGGAUACGUCGUAUUGGGUGGCACCAGAUAUGGUCUCAGACUAUCACAGGAAAAUCUGCCACCCGCGAGUUCGAGGGAGGAAUCGGCGGAGAGAAGAAGGAAGAGAAAUUCGCGAGAAAGCGAGUCGAGGGAACGAUUGACGGAAAAAUUAGCGGAGAAGUCGUCGUCGAUAGAUCUUGCCUCGAGUAUAGUCGAAUGUUGUUGCAUCGGGCCACGUUCUCGACUACCUUUGCCGAGGAUCCCAACUACAACGACGACGACGACGAUGGCAACGACGACGACAACGACAACGACGACGAUGGUUGGCAGUAUUGGAGGAGGUGGAGGUGGAGGUGGAAAUGGAGGAGGAAGAGAAAUGGUUAGCGGAAUUUUGCCGGUUCCUCCGCCUCCUCCACCACCACCACCUUUACCAGCAACGGUAGUAGUAACAGUGGCACAAGCACAGCCAUCGUCUUCUUCGUCAUCUUCGUCUCUUCCUCCCACGUUUUCAUCGAAGAGUCGUUCUACCACCACUGCUGGCAUGGAACAGCCGGUGGAUGCGAAGCUGGCGGCUGCUCGGCCAACGCCAAACUCUAAUAAUAACCGCGGGAUGCUGCAAAGCUCGACGGUGGGGAACGAACAGCACCACCGCCAACAGCAGCACCAGCAGCAGCAUCAGCAGCAGCAGCAUCAGCACAAUCAACACCACCAGCCACAAUCAUCCGCGAUCCCAUCGCCGUCGCAGCCGGUAUCUUCCGUCUCUUCUUCUUCUUCUUCUUCUUCUUCUUCCUCCUCGACGUCAUCGUCGUUGCAUCCAUCGUUUGACUCCUCCUCUUCGCCGAGCCUGCAAACGCAACACUCGGUUUCCGUGCCGCGUCAGCUCGCGCAGUGGACGAAGCAUCAGACCCUCAAGCUCCAGGAACCAGCGGUGAUAGCGGUGGACCGAUUGCAUAGGUUCCGCUGGAGCGGGGGUGGAGGAGGAAGCGGAAAAAAAUCCUCUUCCGCCCCCCGCAGCGAGAAGGCCGAGCGUCUUCGCGAGCUUACGGAGAAACUGAAGGGACCGGCACCUGUCCCACCUCCUAGACGACCUUCUCGUACUCAAGCUUCCUCCCCGCCACCGGGAGGAUGUCAGCUAUCUUUGCAAUCUCAUAAUCAACAGUCCAUCCAAGGUUGCGGAAGAUGCGAUAAUCGUGGGAUCUAUAAGAAUAAUGAAGCCGGUCUUCAUCAGAAUCAACAACAACAAUAUUAUCAACAAAAUCAUCUGAGGAGUAUCGUUAGAAGCGAAAGCGUUGGCGAGGAACGUCUCACUGGUGGUAUCACGGACUCAAUGGUUACCGGCAACGAGAGUUGUAGGAAACAACAACAGCUCGCACAUGAAAAUUCGAGAAAAUCCUCGAAGUCGGGCAAGGUAGUGACAGAGAGUAACAGCAGUGGUGAUGUUGUUGGUGACAUUAAAAAUGACGCAAGCGUCGUCGGCGUAUCCGUCGAGGACGCGCCGACACCGAAACAACAACAUUUCAGACAAUAUAGUGAUUCAGUGGUAGAUAGUGCUACGAGCGUGGACAAUCUGUGCGAUACCUUGAACGUGUCUUCCAUUGCAACUAUUGGUGGCAACAACAACAACAGCAACGAGGCCGAGGCCAGGGACGCGGUCAGCAGAUUGGAGUCUCGGGGACCGUUGUUGACUCUUCAAAGAACCGGUGCUCCACUCAGAAGUGCGUCCUUCGGUCAGGUGGACUUCAAUCAAGCUAAUCGUCAAAAAACACAGCCAGUUGCAACGAGUGCUCGCACGGAUAACAAAGAUGUCCGUGCGAGUACUUUGCCUCGUAGACGAGGAGACGCCAUACCAGGUGUCUCGACGUCUCAAAACAGUCCGAAUCGUCAAAGUCCAAGGACAUCGACGCCGAGCGUUGAUAGUGCCGUUGGUUCGGCCGAAGGACUCGGCGUACCUCACCAAGGGAACAUUGAAGAAAUCCGACCAAGGAGCGAUGGUUCCGAUAGUUUGGCAACUUCCAGUGCACUUACCAGCCCGGAACCACCGGUACCAGAAGUCAACGAGCAACAACCGAGGUUGGAACUUCAAGCCGAUGCUUCUUCACCGACCGAGGUGAUACCUUCCGAACCAAUUUAUCAAGUCGUCGAUGGUACGCCGUUGGAUGAGAUCGUUCAGAAAGAGAACAGAAUAGAACCGCACGAGGUAAUCGUGACUCCACCGUUGGAGGAACCAAGACUCAGCCAAGCUAGCGAGGGUAGCGAGGCACCUAGUGAAACACCUUCGGAAGCUUCCUCUCCACCCGGUAAGACCAGACGUUAUCGUGGUGAUACUAGCAAGAGAAGAAAGGGCGUGUACAUUACGCAAUGGCCGGAACCUUUGGACGCGGAUAGAAACAAACUGACUGCUCAGAGUAGCGAGGAAAGAGAUGAGCCACCUGCGACACCCAGCGAUUUGUCGGAUUGCGAAGGCCACGCACCGCGAAGGUACAGCAAGAGACCACUUCGUGGCCCUUACGGUCAGAUGCUCGAAGCUGAAAUGGCGAAACCUCGUGCAACAGAUAUCUCUCUGGAAGAAGGUCUCCGACCUAGGCGCAAAGUAUCCGCUAAUCUCUCGUAUAAUACCGGAACUAAUAGUAAUUCCGAACCACCUACACCUUGUCAUCACAGGACUACCUCUAGCCCGAGCAAAUUAGAGGGAUUACCUGGACCAAGUCCUGAAUUACUUGCUGAACUUUUAAGAGGAUCUUCGGAGAGGGUUGCUCGUGCGCCUACUCAUCGAAAUGAUACGAGAACUCACGUAGUCGUAGAACUUUAUGAUACCGAACGUUCCUACGUGGAGGCUUUACAAAUACUAGUCAAUAAAUAUCUGCAGCCUUUGAAGAGUCCCGAGAAUGCCGGCUUGGUGGACGCUGUUACGGUGGAUGAGAUAUUUUAUCAGAUACCAGCGAUUCUUAGCCAUCACGAAAUCUUUCUCGAAGAGUUAAGAAAACGUUUGGACACUUGGGAAAUAAGGCAGACGAUAGGUGACGUAUUCUUAGAAGUAUUUACAAAGCCAGUCGUUCUCGAGACUUAUACACUUUUCCUGGACAAUUGGAAAUCCGCGAGAAAGGCGAUUAAAACAACGUGUCAAGCGAAACCAGCUUUCGCACGAUUUCUCGAGACGAUGGAACGCGAACACAAAGGGAAACUUGGUUUGGAUCAAUUGUUGAUUAAACCCGUACAGAAGAUCCCGCGUUAUGAGCUUCUAAUUCAAAGGCUUCUCAAGCAUACCGAUUCGGCCCAUCCCGAUUACAAGUUUCUCCAGGCAGCACAAAAGGAAGUUCAUGAAUUGGUCGUAAAGAUCAAUUGCACGGAGCGAGAAUCUCUCGAAUGGGAACAACAACAAAGUACAUUGAGAGAGGUUCAAGCCCUCGUCGAAGGUCUAGCGGGCAUCGUUACCAACGAUAGAGCGUUCGUCCGUCACGAUUUGGUUACCAUUGCAUCGAACCAGGGCACGCGAAAGGAACGAGCACUAUUUUUGUUUUCCGAUUUAUUGGUUAUUACUAGUAUCAAAAGACGAAGUGGUACAAUAAGGAAACCAUCGACGAGUUCUUGUCCGAACAGUUUGGUCAGUCUUCUUGAAGCUAACAAAUACAAAAUGUUGAUGAGAAUACCGUUGGACGAUCUCGAGGUGAUGAAAGCCAAGGACGAGAAUCUCAGACGAAUGGCACGCGAGGUGGAUCACCUACGCGAGGAUUGCGCCACGUUGAGCCAACUCCAAGAACUCGUUGCCACGUUACACGGGAAUAAAGCACAACUCGAGGAUCUGAUCAAGGAUAUGUUGUGCCAAGCUCAAAGGCAACUGGCCGAAAGAAACGCUGCUCAUUCUCAACUGGCUUGUCUAGAAUUAACCCUUAACACGCAAUCGGGUAUCGAAAAUAUCUCCGUUGUCUUCACAAAGCCCGACAAAAGAGCGAGCUGGGAAGAAAGUUUCAACGAAGCCAAACAAAAGUUGGCGUUGUCAGCCGAUCGAAGACUUUGUCCAGAAUUUGUCGGUCCUUUACCCAUUAGAAAAACACGAGCGGGACUACAAUUUACUUGUGCUGCACCGACGUUAUCGAAUGGACAAGAGUCUCGCGACGUUUGGGUUUGUAACAGCGACGGAUACGUUGGUCAAGUUUGCGUGUUAAGUUUGAGUCCGGAACCACCUCAAGUUACAUCUUGUAAUGGUGUUUGUAAUGCUAGAAUAUUAUGCGUUGCUGGUAUACCCGCUUGUACUCCUGGUUCGAACUCUUCCGCAUCGAAUAGCAACACGUUUGUUAAUAGUAAAAGCGGCAUCAGUAUUUCUGUUCAAGACGUCGACUCCGGUAGCGGUAAUAUUCAAUUAGACAGCAGCUCGAGCUCCGACGAAUCGGACUCGGACGACAUUCCAAGUGUGGAUACUUGUAGCGUGACCUUGAGCGGUGACGUUUCUAAUAUCGAUAACGCUACUGUCAUUGAGGAAGAUGCCAAUCAGCCUACCAUGUGGUUAGGAACGGAAGAUGGUUGCAUUCACGUUUAUAAUUGUAACGACAAUAUUAGAAUAAAAAAGAACAAGGUGAAGAUUCAACAUGGUAGCAGCGUGCACUGUAUCAUAUACUUGGACAAUAAAGUAUUCGUGUCACUUGCCAAUGGCGAUAUAGCUGUAUACACACGAGAUCAUACAGGAGGUUGGAAUACUCCAGAUCCUACGAUAGUGUCUGUUGGUACCGUAGCAUCUCCGGUAACGAAGAUGCUUCCGGUGUCUGGCAAACUGUGGUGCGGUUGCCAUAAUUCCGUGAAAGUUCUCAACACGCGUACCUUAGACAUAGAGCACAAUUUCGUUGUGAGCAGCGACACGAGUCGAGCUGUCACUUGUAUGGCAAAUUCCGGUGGUUUUGGCGUCUGGAUUUCUUUGCACAACAGUGCCGUACUUCGAUUAUUCCAUGCCGGUAGUUACGAAUGUUUGACGGAUAUAAAUAUCGCACCGGCAGUUACCAAAAUGCUUGCUACAGGUUGCGAUGACAUAAUAAGACAACACAAAGCAGCCUGUCUAAGAGUGACCGCAUUAUUGGCUUGCAACGAGUUGUUAUGGAUCGGUACAAGUGCUGGUGUAUUAUUAACCGUACCAAUACCUCACAUCAAACCAUCCACGCAAAGAAUAUCUCAACCUCCUAUAGUAACUGGAAUACCUCACGGACACACGGGACACGUGCGGUUUCUAACAUACGUAGAAACCAGUACAACAUCGAAACCAGAACCACGACCAAAGGUGAAUCGAUACUCUUUGAAAUCGAAGAAAGUCCAUCAGAAUAACAUCAAUCGCGGUAAGCUACUGGUGAUAUCCGGUGGCGACGGGUACGAGGAUUUCAGAGGACCCCAAGCGUCAGCCGAAUUACAGGCUGGUCGCGAGGAUUCGACGAAUCAUCUACUUUUGUGGAAGGUGUGAUGUAAUUCUGCACGGCCCAAGAGGAGGGUCGGGGUUCACGAAAGCCGGCACGACACGCCGUGGGAAUCGUUGUUGUCGAACGUGCAGCCGACAUGCGAACAUGAUCAUCGUGCUGUACCAUACUUGGUCAAUACGGACGGAUCGACUCGACGAUAUUUCAGGGAACGAGGUAAAGUUCUCUGGUUGCUCCUGGCGGAGUGGAUCAGAACGAGGAUAAGAAAGUUCCGUUAUCUGCAAACCGAAGUCGAAUUCGUGUUACAGGAUGGUCAAAAUCUUGCUUGAGGAAUGUUUUCAUUUUUGCAUAGAGGAAAAUCAACGCGAUAGAUUUCUUUUUGCUCGUUUCUCUUCCUCUGAUCGGUUAAGAAAAGGUCUGCAGUUGGAAAUUUGUAAUGAAAUGAAUACCUACGUUGAGAUGGGGAAAAAGGGACUUACCGUAUACGUUCGGUAAUUUGUAAGACGAUACGGAAAUGAAUGAAUUUUAGACGAAGUUUUUUAGUCCAGAUUUCGCGCUAUACUUUUCGAGACAUUACGACGAAAUGAUCAAUCGUCGUUAAGGUGUUUGGUAACACUAUUUGUUCGAGAAGUCAAACCUUUCUAUGGGCUAUGCUAGUCUAUAAUUCCGGGCAUGAAUUCUUGUAUUAUCGUCGCAGUUUGAUAAUCAAUAGUAAGAAAAGGAAAUGAAAAAUAUUCAGGAUGUGUCAAAUAUAUCUUGUCGUAACGGAUUAACGAUGAUAAUUAAUGUGCGGUACCUGAAAGGGCUUCGAAAACGAGCUUAUAACGUUUUAAAUGGCCUAAAUUAAAAAAAAAAAAAAAACGAUCAUGUUAUUAAAAAAAAAAAAAAGGUUUUAUCAUUUCUUACAAAUGUUACAAAAAAAAUAUUGACAAGAUUUUAUCGUUGUCCCUUCGAUGACGCAAGUAAACCCAAAUGUACUUCGUUAUUCGUUUUGUGAAUGUUUAAAUGAUGUAAAUUAAUGUGUCCGUGUAUUUCCUUGUAAAAGAAAUUUACGUGAAAAUUAUAAAUUCCUUUUUUUUUUUUCGAUUAAAUAUAAUAUAUCACGUCGGCGUAUGUGUGUACUCGCUCGCGUGCGUGUUUGUCUGUCUGUCUGCCUGUCUGUCUGUUUGUCUGACAUGAAUGUGUUUAAAGUAUGAAUGUAGACAUUGAAUAUUAUACAAUUAUCCAUAUCAAAAAAAAAAAAGAGUGCAAAUUACUGAAACGAAGUCGUCCUUACGUUAUGAUCUUGUGGUUCCUAUGCUUACGAUGCGUAUUAUCAAUUAACGCGAAUAGUACGUUUGACAAUAAUUUAUUAUCAAGAAAAUUUGGCAAAUAAUAUGCUUCACACAUACACACACACACACACACACAUUUUGACCAAUCAAAAAUGAUGAUUCGUAACAUCGAAACGUUCGCGUGAUAAUAUUCGUUGGAGAGAUUGAAAACAAACAAACAAAUUUAACAAAAUAAUUUCCUCUUAACGUAAGUGUAAUUAUAAUGAAUGAAAAAUUUAUGCAAGACACGAUAUCGAUGCUUACUCAUGUAUAUGUUUAAGUGUGAAGGAAAGAAGCAAAAAAAAAAACCUUAAAAAAAAAAAAGAACAAAAAUAACACAAAAGAAAAAAGAAACCAGAUAAUUGUAAUUUUUGCUAAUUUAAGACUGAAUGAAAGCUACACAUAUAUAUUAUGACGAUAUAUAUAUAUAUACACAAAAAGUUAUAUUAUAUUAUUCUUCGAAUCGUAUAUUUGUGCCACCUUUAUUGUGUGAACGAAUAAAACAUUAAUCGAAUUUCCUUUUUCAAUCGAUUUUACUGCACGCACACAUUCUGAACAAUAUAUGUAUAUAUUUUCUCUAAACAUUGAGCACAAUAGGAAAAAGAAAAUUUUUAAAACGCGAAGAGAUACGGGUAAUCCUUAUUACAAAUUCACCUAAAACGUAAUAUAAUACCUAUUGAAAAAAGAAAAAUAUUAUAAACGCAAUUAUUAGAAUCAUACACAUUUUUACGAGUAGCAUAAACGAGACCCAUAAUCAAAACUGGACUUCAAAUAAUACGUAGAGACGAAGGAUUAACAAAAAAAAAAAAAUGUUUGUGCUUGGAGAAAUAUAAUCUAUUUUUUGAAAAAGAAAACCAGAUAAAA